CACACGGCCCCUCUGUCUUUCAGCAUCCGCAGCGUCAUGCAGAAGUACCUGGAGGACCGGGGUGAGGUGACCUUCGAGAAGAUCUUCUCCCAGAAGCUGGGGUACCUGCUCUUUCGAGACUUCUGCCUGAAACACCUGGAGGAGGCCAAGCCCUUGGUGGAGUUCUACGAGGAGAUCAAGAGAUACGAGAAGCUGGAGACGGAGGAGGAGCGCCUGGCCUGCAGCCGGGAGAUCUUCGACACCUACAUCAUGAAGGAGCUGCUGGCCUGCUCGCACCCCUUCUCGAAAAGUGCCACUGAGCAUGUCCAGGGCCACCUGGUGAAGAGGCAGGUGCCUCCAGAUCUCUUCCAGCCGUACAUCGAAGAGAUUUGUCAGAACCUCCGAGGGGAUGUGUUCCAGAAAUUCAUCGAGAGCGAUAAAUUCACUCGGUUUUGCCAGUGGAAGAAUGUGGAGCUCAACAUCCACCUGACCAUGAACGACUUCAGCGUGCACCGCAUCAUUGGUCGAGGAGGCUUCGGCGAGGUCUAUGGGUGCCGGAAGGCCGACACGGGCAAGAUGUACGCCAUGAAGUGUCUGGACAAGAAGCGCAUCAAGAUGAAGCAGGGGGAGACCCUGGCCCUGAACGAGCGCAUCAUGCUGUCCCUCGUCAGCACCGGGGACUGCCCUUUCAUCGUCUGCAUGUCCUAUGCAUUCCACACGCCAGACAAACUCAGCUUCAUCCUAGAUCUCAUGAACGGCGGGGACCUGCACUACCACCUGUCCCAGCACGGGGUCUUCUCCGAGGCCGACAUGCGCUUCUACGCGGCCGAGAUCAUUCUGGGCCUGGAGCACAUGCACAACCGCUUCGUCGUCUACAGGGACCUGAAGCCGGCCAACAUCCUGCUGGACGAGCAUGGCCACGUGCGCAUCUCAGACCUGGGCCUGGCCUGCGACUUCUCCAAGAAGAAGCCCCACGCCAGUGUGGGCACCCAUGGCUACAUGGCCCCCGAGGUGCUGCAGAAGGGCGUGGCCUACGACAGCAGUGCGGACUGGUUCUCCCUGGGCUGCAUGCUCUUCAAGCUGCUGCGGGGGCACAGUCCCUUCCGGCAGCACAAGACCAAAGACAAGCAUGAGAUCGACCGCAUGACAUUGACAAUGGCUGUGGAGCUGCCCGACUCCUUCUCCCCCGAGCUCCGUUCCUUGCUGGAGGGGCUACUGCAGAGGGACGUCCACCGGAGACUGGGCUGCCUGGGCCGAGGGGCCCAGGAGGUGAAGGAGAGCCCCUUCUUCCGCUCCCUGGACUGGCAGAUGGUCUUCCUGCAGAAGUACCCUCCCCCGCUGAUCCCCCCACGAGGGGAGGUGAACGCUGCCGAUGCCUUCGAUAUUGGCUCCUUUGAUGAGGAAGACACAAAAGGAAUCAAGUUACUGGACAGCGACCAGGAACUCUACCGCAACUUCCCCCUCACCAUCUCUGAGCGGUGGCAGCAAGAGGUGGCAGAGACUGUCUUUGACACCAUCAACGCCGAGACAGACCGGCUAGAGACCCGCAAGAAAACCAAAAACAAGCAGCUGGGCCACGAGGAAGAUUACGCCCUGGGCAAGGACUGCAUCAUGCACGGCUACAUGUCUAAGAUGGGCAACCCCUUCCUGACUCAGUGGCAGCGGCGGUACUUCUACCUGUUCCCCAACCGGCUCGAGUGGCGGGGCGAGGGCGAGGCCCCGCAGAGCCUGCUGACCAUGGAAGAGAUCCAGUCGGUGGAGGAAACACAGAUCAAGGAGCGAAAGUGCCUCCUCCUCAAGAUCCGCGGUGGUAAACAGUUCGUCCUGCAGUGCGACAGUGACCCGGAGCUGGUGCAGUGGAAGAAGGAGCUGCGUGACGCCUACCGUGAGGCCCAGCAGCUGGUGCAGCGGGUGCCCACGGUGGGGUGGCUCAGCGUCCUCCACCCCAGGGGAGGCCACAGCACAGGAAUACUACCUGGAUUUUUCCACUUCAGCCCCUCCUAUGACAGAGACACAGCCCUGCACUGUCCUGCCUCCAGCCAGUUGCAUGACAUUGAACAGGAGGACCCCCGCGGGCGCACCCCGCUGGAGCUGGCCGUUUCCCUGGGGAACCUGGAGUCUGUGAGAGUCCUCCUCCGACACAAUGCCAACGUGGGCAAAGAGAGCUGCCAGGGCUGGGCAGGUACUGCAGCGGGCAGACGGGCUUCCUUGAGGGUGACAUGGGGUUGGUGA